AUGCCACAAGGUAAAUUUUUUACAAUUUCUUAAGAAAAUGAAAAUAAUCGCAAUUUUAUUGCAGAUCUAUUGUGCAAAGAAACGAUGGACGAAGUGUCGGAUAAGCCAGUAAGUUUUUUGCCGCCGAUUCAUUUUUAUCAGAACAAAAUUAUGGGAUGACUCAUGUUCAUGCGCAAAAAUCGAUUUUCUUCGUAACACCGUGCUAUGCCCUUAAAAAACGAUGAUAAUUAUAAUAUUUUCUCAUCUAUUAAUGCUCAAAUCUCACUAAUAUCCCCAAAGAACAUGAUUUGUUUUGCAGAUCGACCCAUCCGUCCAACCAACAAUUCAACAAACUUUGUUCCCAGGAAGCAAUGUUAUCGCAACUCCCUCAAUGCCACCUGCUCCCCCUCCUGGUGGUAUUCGAGUUUCGUUUCCUGGCCAACAUACGGGAGGAUUGACACCAAACACAGUCUCCUCCCAAUCAUUUUCAUCCGGUAGCGGUGCUUUUCAUGCACCCCGACUUCAAUCAGCGGUACAAACUAUUCCAAAUAUUGUUAUUCCGCAACCUCAAAUGGGAAAUCAAUUGCGUGUGGACACAUCAAACUUGACAAGACCAUCAUCAGUUUUGUCGACACCUGGUGGUUUGCCCUCGUCAUCUAUGAAUAUGUUCUCGUCGCGUAUUGCGUUUUCUGGAAAUACUCCUAAUCAUUCCGGAAUGUUUAACAAUAUUCUAUUCAACUCCAAUCCUUCCACUUCAUCGCAAGGGUUAAUGUAAGUUUUUUUUCUUAUUUUUUUGGGGGGAAACAGGGUGAAACGGAAUACAAAACUGAACCUUCAAUUCAUUAAUAGAAUUAUUUAAUCAUUAUCAAGUUAUUAGAAAUUGAAAUUCAUCAAAAAAAAUUAUGAAAAAUUUCUCAUCCCCGGCAAAAAAAAAUCAUUUUUGAGUGACAAUAUGGCGUCCUUACGUAAUACACCUAUUCCAAAUGUGGAUCUUUCUCAAAUAGCAAAUGAAGAACGAGCAAAACAAGCGCUUCGUGAAAGAAUGGGUAUCACCACAAAAGCCAGAGAUGUCCCAGCAACCAAUACAACAUUAGAACCAGCUGUUAUUUCACAACUUCUAGCAAUGCAUUUACAAAAGUGAGUUUUUUUUGUCGAUUUCCAAUAAAAACCAAUAUAUUUCAUUUUCCCAUAAUUUUUUUCUGUUUUGAAAAAAUGGCUUUUCAGAAAAAAAAAGAAAUCUUUAUUGCACUUUCUAAUCUACUUCUCACGUUUUUCUGACAUACUUUUUUUUUAGAAAAAAACUUGAGCUCCUUUUUUUCAUUUUCCUCACUCCAAUUAGUGUUUUCCUGUUUCAGAAAAAUAUGAGACGGAAUGUGAGAAAAAUUUUUUUGGCUUUGUUGCAUUUAUUAAUUCUGAUAUACACUUUCUAUAGAAAAUUUGAGCUCUUCUUCAUCUUUCCUUUUCCAAUCAGUGAUUUCUUGUCUAUACAAAAAUUUCCAGUGUCUGAAUAAAUUGAAAAAUGAUUUUCGCUCUAUUGAGAAUUCAUGUUUCUUUGCUUAUUUCUGACACACCUUUUCAGCUUUGUUCAUUUUCAUUUUUCGAAUUUUUGUGUUUUGAAAAAAAUUGCUACCUCGUGUUUAUUUUGACAUGCAGUUUGAAAAAUCACACGGUUUGAAACAAUUGAUUUUUUUUACAUUUUCCUUUUUCUAAUAAUGUGUUUUGUAUCGGAUAGUCGGCCGCUCCGAGAAUUUUUCAUUAAACUCGGUUUAUUGUCAUGUUCUGUGCCGCUGAAUUGCUUGCAAUCACUUUUCCUUUUUUCAUUUUCGAAUUAUUUUAUUUCUGUUUCAAAAAAAAUGCUACCUAAAAACAAAAAUCGAUUGUCUUCUCUAUUUCACAGCUACGUUUCUCAUUUCUUUUUCUGGCAUAUGUAAAUUUUCCAAACAAAACCGAGCUUUUAUUCAUUUUCCAUUUUCCAAUUAUUUUUUUUCUUUGCCGUUCGAAAAAAAGAAAAUUCGGUUUUUUGAACAAGACAUUUCUCAUGCUCUAUGUGACACCUUUUUUUUCAAAAAAAAAUUGGACUCUUUUCUUCUCCUCUCCGUUUUCAAUUAUUUUCUGUUCCGAAAAAAAACAUUGUCAAAUUUUAUAUGGAAAACGUUUCAAAUUUUUUUUCCAAUUAUUUUUCAUAUUUUGGAAAUCUGCAGCUCAAAAAAACACUUAUAAAAAAUCUCUAUUCAAAAAAUGGAAUGUGUGCUCCAUCGCACUAGCUUUUUUUCUAUGUUUUUUUUAAUGAUUUUCAACGUUCAGCGAUAGAAACCAACAUUCUCAAUUUUUCAUAUAGUGUACUUUUUCAGCUCUGGACAAGCCCCUACUCCCGCUGCUCUUCACGCCGCUGCAAGUGACCCAACAUUCCAACAGAAAAUUCAUGAAGCAAUAAUGGUGAAAACACAACUGGAAGCUCAACAGCAAUUGCACCAACAGCAACAAAAGCAGCUUGAGGUUCAAAAACAAUUGGAACAACAGAAGCAACAGCUUCAACAGCAACAAUACCAUCAGCAGCAGCAGCAGCUUCAACAAGAACAGAUUCAAAAUCAUAUGCGUCAACAGCAACGUAUUCAACAACAAAUCAAGCAGCAACGAGAAGCGCAAAAACGUGAACAUGAGUUGCGUAUGUUGCAACAAGCGCAAUCACAAAAUGCAUUAUUACAAUCUGGUGCAUUGACGAUGGAAUCGAGCGGAGUAUUGGCAUCAACAUCAGCUUAUCCAAGUAGUCGAUCAAAUUCAGAAGUUAGACAACCUGUGCCAUAUGUAAGUUUUAUUAUCAAUUUUCUCCAAACAACUCUAAUGCGACUAUGAAAACCAAAAACUAUGUUUUAUUUAGAUUGCUCAUAAUUCCCGUGGUCGCCCACCAAAUCGUGGUCGUGUUACUGGAAGUGGUCGUGGAUUGUCGUUGCCUACUACUCAAGAUCAUGUUAGAACUCAAGCUCUUUAUCAAGAACAAGCUCGUGCUCAAACUGAAGAAAAGGCCAGAAAUCGUAUGUAUCAACAAUUUGGUCACGAAGACAAUUAUUCUCGUCAUGGAUUGAGUCUCAACAAUUUGCCAGCAUCGAGUUUGUCAACAGCUCACAGUGAUAUGCAAGCAAUGUUGCAAUUAAUUCAACAACAAAGCCAAAAUCCAACUAUUUUGCCGCAUCAUAAUUUGAUAACUGCUCAACAACAAGUUACAACAUCUUCGCCACGCCCAAAUAUAUUGAGACGUCAUCAUUCGGGAACUCCAUCGUUGGCAAAGAAAAAGUUGUUGGAAACGAUGGCUGCCGUACAACCAACACUUCAACCGCCACCAUUUCCAUCUGUUAUUCCACCGUUUGAUCCACUUUGUGUUGAUGUAAAACCUCCAGUCCAACUCGAAACAACCAGAAAACGCAAUCGAAAGCAAACAUUUGAAGCUGAUCCAACUCCAGAUGAAAUUCGAAUGAAUGUCAAUUUCCAAAUGCCUAUUCGUGUUCCAGGUGGAACCACACAACCGGACAAGAAAAAACGAGGUCGCCCUCGAAAUGACGAUUAUAAUGCAGAUUGGUCUUGUAAGUUACAUUCAUUCUUAAAAAUUAGGUCAUUUUCAAUAUUUCAGAUGAGAAGCCAGUGAACAUCAAAACAUCAAUUCCAGUUAACUUGAAUAGUCCUGACGAACCAUCAACAUCAGGUAAUGUUGCACUUUGUGAGUGUAAAUGUGAAAUAAUGAAUUCAUAUAAACUAAUAAUUAUUUUUUAGUAAAUCCUGAAGAUGCUCUCCGCCAGCAAAAGGUUAUGAUGCAAAAUACUGGCUUAACAAAAACUGAACAAGCUAUUUUUGUCAGUCUUCCACUAGGACUUCAACAGCAAAUCAAACAACAGAAGAAGAAUCAGGAAACGGCAAAGAAAGAGAGAAAGGUAAGAAAAAUUAUCACUUGAGAUGAAAAUAGAACUUUUUUUCAGCCGUCAAAGCCAAGAAAGCCGUAUUUGACGAAAGCCAAGCAAGCUGCUGCUGCAGCCGCUGCCGCAGCCGCCGCUGCUGCUGCAGAAGCAAAUUACACAAAUACAUCUGGACCAUUACUUCCGCCUUCGUCUUCCGCGAUUUAUCAACAACAAUUGGCUCAACAUAUUGCUCAAAAACCACAGGUUAAGCCACAACCGCAGCAAUAUUAUCAGCCAAAAUCUCAACAACAGCAAAUUCAAUUGCAAAAACAACAGCUAGAACAUAUUCAGAAUCAAAACCAUGUUCAAUAUCAGCAAAAUAUUCAGCACCAACAACCUGUUCAUCAUCAGCAACUACCGCAGCCAGUUCAAUCUGUAAAAACACAACCUGUAAAUCGUGAACCAAUUAUUACAAUGGCUGCUCGUAAAGCUGUCAUUCCUGAACCACCAAAACCCACUGUAAUAAACUCAAUCGUGUCACGUACAACACAUACACCUGUCACUCGUUAUUCGCCACCUCCACCAGUCGUCAGAAAACCUAAAACACCUAAACCAAAAGCAGCAGAAUUGGUGGUUGUUGUAGCGAAACCCGCGCCUACUCCUGUGUCAGCACCUGCUCCUGUGAGAAAACUUGUGCGGAAAAAGAAAGCAGUGAAGGUUGUUCAGAAGGUUUCCAAAAAGAAGAAGGUACCAAUUAAGAAAAAGAUUCAGAAGAAAAAAGCUGCUUCAAAAAAGAAGCCAAUAGGCUUUAAAAAAAUUAUGCGGAAACAAAAAGAUGCUGAUAAGGAUAAUAUGGUGGCUAUUCGAAUAUUGAAUUCAGUUGAUAAAACAAAACUAUUCAAAAAACAACCUGGAACAAAUGAGAAAAUUCGUUGUAAUGAUGUGUCUUUUUUCAAUGGCUUGAUUAUGAAAUACGAUCAUGCGACAAAAGAAGCUGAAGAGAAGAUGAGAGCACUUGAAGCUAAAGAAUUGGAAAAUAUUGCUCCAGUUACAGAAACAAAACCUGUAACAACAUCAAAUGUGAGUUGUUGACUCUGUUUGGGAAUAGAUGGUCUUUAAAAAACAGGUUUUCAAAAAAAAAAAUUCAAGGAUAGCUUGAGAAAUAAAUUCAAAACAAAUUCUGCUUCAAUAACAAAAUUAUAUUUUUCAGAAGGAAGACAUUGUUAUCGAAGGUCCACUCACCAAAGAAGAAGUUGCUGUUUCAGCUGUUCUUAGAUUGCGUCGCGAAAGCAAGGAACUUUUCAAAAUUGGUCAAAAAAUUCGAAUUCUUGAGAAAAAAAUUAAUAAAAAGGUUUGUUUCAUUAUCAGAACCGAACUCUCAAAAUAGAUUUUUUUUCAGAAGUCAAUGUCAACUCUGUUUAAUUCUCUUGAACCAAUUUAUGACAAAGAUGAAGAAGUUGCCCGAAGCAUGUUUUUCAAUAAUGUUUAUAAGAAUGAGAGAGAAUUUCUUCAACAUCAACAAAAUGUUCUCCAAAAAGACCGUCUUAUUAAAAUAUUGACGAAAAAAGCUAACAUCGAGGAGAAAGUUAAGGUAUGUUUAAAAUUCUUAACUAUAAAGAGAGAAAUUCAUGAAAUUAUUUGCAGAAUAUUCUUCAAACCAGUCAAGCAAAUUUGAUCAAAUCUUUGGAGAAUGUUGACAUUGAUCCAAAAUAUCACGAUGAUGAUGGAAGUAUGAGAAAAUUAUUAACAAAUUCUCUUUUGGAUAUUUAUAUCAAAGCUAAACCAAUUGCCAAGGUUCGUUGAAUUUGUGUUUUCAUAUAAACCGAAAAUAAUUUAUUUUUCAGAAAAACAUGAAGAAGGGAAUCGUUCGCAGACAGAAGCGACAAAAAACCAUUCAAAUUGAGAGAAAAUUGGCGACUGCUAUCAAAGAGAAAGAGAAAACAUCAAAACGCGGAAAAGGAUCUGGUGCAUCCGAUUCUGAAAGUGAUGAUGAAGAAAGAGAAGAGCACGAAAAAAUGGAGAAAAAGAAGGCUGAAAAGAAAAAGAUGGCAGCAAUCACUCGUGUAGUCGAAGAAAAGAUCAACAAAGAUAUUCGGGUUCAGAAAUAUGUUGCAAGUACGGAGAAAAAUAGAAAAGAAAAAGCUGUGAAUAAAACUGUCGACGGACUUUUGGACUCUGUUUGUCAAAAAGAAGAGGAACAAGCCAAAAAUUCGAGAGUACCACAGGAUGAUGUUGAACUUCUUGGAUUGAAUGCUUUGAAAAAACAGAAUUACGAAAAUAUGAAAACUUUUUCUGCAAAACAGCCAAAUGAUAAUUCAUGGGAAUCAGUUGUUAAUAAUGCAGAAAAGGUGUUUAUUGCUGCAGCAAGUGGAAAUAAAAGAUCUCUCGCAAGUGCAUGGGCAAAGCUUAGACAAGUUGAAAAAAGACCCAAAACACUUGUGAAAGCCAGAAGAUUGAGAGCUGCAAAACGAGCUGCAAUGAUGAAGAAAUCUGCACGAUUAAGAAAAGCUGGAAAAUUAAGAGCUAUCAAAAAGUCGAAAAAAGCUUCGACCGCGGUUUCGCAACCAACCAACAUGGAAACUGACGAUGAUGAUAUUGUGGUAGUUGGUGAAUCUGCAAAAACAAGUCAAAUCAAUUUGCAAGCCAACAAAAAUGCAUCAACCAGCAAAGCUGCUGAAAAGGAAACUUCUGCUGAGGAUGUUGUUGGUCGAAUGAAUCCGGAUAAAGAUGGGCGAGCAUUACAAGUUGUUAAUGGCGUUUUCUAUGAAAAAGUAAACAAAUGUGGUAAUGAGAUUUGGGUGAAACACAAGAAAACUGAACAACAAAUUAUGGAGGAACAAAAACUGCGAAAGAAGCAAUUGGAAUCUUGUUGGAAAACGGUCAAGAAGAAUUUUGCCAAACAUAGGAGAUUCGUCAAUAAUCUCACGAAAGACAGCCAACAAGAGAAUGCCAAAUUUGUUUUUGCUGCUGAAACUGAUCCAAAAUCUUUUGCUAACAUUUUUGCAAGGUUGGUUGAAUGUUUUUUUUUCAUUCUAACAUCAUUUUGUUAUUUUUUCAGCCCAUUUGUCGAUAAAAAUCAACUUAACGAGAUUGCUCCAGUUGUAGAUUUGAAUGAUCUUGAGGAAACAACAUUGAUAAAAUUGAGAGAGGUUAGUUUUUAUUUUCUGAAAAUAUUAUAUAUUUUUAAAAUCAUUUUAUUAUAGGAGCUUAUUCGAUUGUAUGCAAUGCAACAUCUCGAAGCCUUGCCAAGUAAUGGUGAAGAAAGAAUUGAUGAGAUUCUCGAAAAACUUGCCAUCGAAACAUGUCGUGAUGAAAUUGUUACAUCAGCCAGAAGAAUGUACAAAAAAGAAUGUUUGAGUAUCGCUCCAAUACAAAAACUGACUGAAAACAUUUUCAAACUUGACAGAAAGUUGUUGCCAGAUUUUGAAAACACAUUAAAGGAGAGAAAAUUGGACAUUGCACAAUGUUUGAAAACGGUUGCUUUGGAUCAUUUGGAGAAGAAACAUUUCAAAAUUCCGGAAAAACGAGAUGUUUUGGAUGGUGAAGAUCGUACUGUUGAAUCGGUAUGCAACUUUUUAACAAACUUUUUUUUUGACAGCUCUUAAAAAUUUUUUUUUCAGGCUGGCUACGUUUAUCAACCAAUUCCUCUUUGUUUGUCAAGAAAAGCAAUGAAAGCGUAUUAUGAAGAAAAGAAGUUGAAACAUCAACAAUCUAUUGAGAAUUAUAUCAAAACAGUAAGUUUUCACAAUUAUGUAUAAUAUCUUCAAAUGCAAUAUUGUUUAGCGUGACUAUGAGAAACAACUCAAAGUAUGGAAAGAGAAAAACGAUAAGCUUUUUUGAUCAAAUUAUGAACGACGCUCAAAACACUUCUGAGUCUGAAAAUAAGAACGAAAAGGUGAGUUUUUCUAAUAUAAAUAUCCUUUAGAAAUAUUCAAUUUUCAGUUUGAUUUGAUGAUUGAAUUGUUCUUUGCCACAAAAGACAUAAAAUCUGAAGAUCCAGAAGUAAAAGCAAAAAUUAGCGAUAUCGAAGAAAGAAUUCGUAAAAUUGAAGAGAAAGAAAAAGAACAAAAUGAAACGGAUUGUCUUGUUGAAAAUGAAGACUCUGAAAAACGUGCAAAAAAUAAGAACGUUUCUCUUAAACACGCUGUUUCCUCAUUGGAAGAGCAAAUCAACAAGUACAAGAUUGGUCUCGAAUUUUUGAUGAAGAAUGGCGUUGAACCAAAUUUGAAUAUCGCAAAGGUGGCAAAUCAAAAUCCCAAAUUCAAAAAAUUGUUGAGUUCAAAUAAUCUGAAAUCUCCUGUGAAGGAUAUCACAAGUUUGGCUAACGUUUUGGGAUAUGAUUUGAAACCAAAACGAAUUCAAAAUCAAAAUGAUAUUGAAUCAGAGAGUGAAGAUGAAAUUGAUUAUGAUGGACCAUCCACAUCAACUGGACCACCACCAAGAAAGCCAAAAUCUCCGAAAAAGCAACCACAAGUUUUUCAUUCAAUUUUCGAUGAUAAUUUCGUACCAGAUGUAAAUGAUAUGAAGAAACAUUUAGCAUCACUAAAAGAUGGAAUUUAUAUAACUCCUGAAUUAUUGCAAGCUCGUGUUUGGUCACAAAUUCAAGAAGAAUUGGCAAAACAAGCGGAAGGAGAUCAAGAACCUUCGGAUGAAGUCUUUGAAAAGACAUUUGGAUUCCUCAAAUCAUUGUUGGAACCACGUAAAAAUUAUUCGACCAUGUUCCCACAAGACGAAGUUAUUGACAAGCGUCUAAUCAAAAUUGAGAAGAUCAGUCAAGAAACAUCGAUCAAUGUGUUGAAGAACAGAAAUCUAUAUUCGAAACGAAAAGCCCAUAUUUUGGCAAAUGCUGUGGAUCGUCAGAAUAGAAUAAAACGUGUGAAAGCAAUUAAAAAGGGUCAUAAAAGACGAAGUUAUUGGAAACCGUGAGUUUUUUCAAACAAAAGUUAAUUGUUAUUAAAAAUUUAUAAAAUGUUUUUUUUUCAGAUUCUUGCUUGCUCAAAUGUCAAGAGUUGAAGAUGAAUUGAAUGACAGUUUGACAAAAGAGUUGCAUUGCUUUCAAUUGUUUGAACAUAUUCUUCACAUUUUUGAUCCAAAAAGCUAUGUUCAAUUGUUGCGUGAAAUUCAAAUUUCAAGUAAUCCAGCUAAACCACAAUCCUAUAACGAUGAUGUAAAGUUGAAAAUUAUGCGUAAAUGGAUGUCUGCGUUCUCGGUCAAUGGUCCAUCUCCACAAAUGCCACUUGAUCAUCCAAGUAAUAUUACUUUCAAUCCAUCAAGUGUGUUUAUCAAUCAAAGUUUGAAAGCAAAAUCACCAUUUUGGAAAGGUGCACCAACAACAAGCAAUGAAUUGGGAUGUGGAUUUACAAAACAUGGAAAACUUGUGGCUCCAUCGUAUGUUUAUACCCAUUUUUUAAAGAAAAAAAAAACAUGAUUCUUUUUUCAGAAGUUAUACACCUGAAGUUGUCGAUACAACGCGACACGUUGGGCUUCCAGAAAUGUCUGAAACUCAUCCUGAUUCAUUUGUUGAUAAUACAAAACCAGCAUGGAAUGCAAAACGAUAUGAUAGAAGUCUCGGUGUUGUCACUGAAUUUGAUGUUAAAAAAUGGGAAAAGGCGAAUAAAGCUCAAGCUAAAAAUUCGUGAGUGAUUUUUGACUUUUUGAGAUUUGAGAAAUAAAAUAUAAUUGUUUACAGAGCCAUGAAACUCGAUAAAGCAAAGAAACCGGAUCCAAAAAUUGCCGCUGAUCAACCAAAACCUCCAGCAGUUGCUACUCAAUAUUUGAUCGAUGUCAAUUCUCAUCAACGUAGUCGACGUGAAAUUGUGUUCAAGAAUAAAAAUGGUAUCUUUGCUGAAUAUCAAACUGGUCUUCAAAUUGACAAAAAUGCAUUGAUCAGCCACGAAGGACUUGAUAAAAUUUAUGGAAAAAUCUCGUCACAAGGAUUGUUGAUCCGAGAAAAGUUGGCAACAUUUUACCAUAUGAUUCAUGGAGUAACUGUAUCAGCUCUCAAAAUCAAGUGAGUUUCAAAUUAGAAAGAUAAUUUCAAGACUAAACUAAACAUCAUAUUUCAGGUAUGCCCUUGCUAUGUUGGCCACAAAAAACAAGUUCUUCGCAAAACUCAAAAGAUCUACUGACAAGAAGAAGAAUCUAUUGAAGAAACAGAAAGAAAGAAAAGCUGCAGCUCAAAGAAAAUCUGCUAAAGCCGAGCGAUUGAGGAAAAAAUUACUACUCGAACAAUCGGCCAAAAAAGAAGAAGUCAAAAAAGAAGAAGAGAGACCAAAAGAUUCUUUGCCACAAGUAUCCUAUGAUAAGGCCAAGUUCGAUAGGAAGAACCUUCCUGAUUUCAACUUCAAAAUAUUCGCCAGUGAUUUUGAAGAAGCAGAAGAACCAAAGAAAAAUGAUGUUGCAGCCAAGCCUCAAUCUAUGAAGAAUUUGGCAGUUGUUUUGAAGUCACCAACAUAUCAUCGUACACCAUCUCUCAAAUCGCCUUCACCGUUGAAAUCACCGUCUCCGUUGAAAUCGCCUGUUCGUUCACCAAAAACCAAAACGCCACUUUCAUCGCCAAAAACUUCGAUCAACAUUGAGCCGAUCGUUAUUGAUGAUACACCAGUUGUAGUUGCUCCAACAGUACCAAUUGCUUCACCAAAGACCAAAGUUUUGAAAGAAGUCAAACUUGAGCCGUUAGAUGUUGAUAUUGAUACUGGAAACGAAUCGAGCGAUUUUGUCAGCCCAUCUUUAUCCUCAAAAUCUACUAAAUCAGCACCAAAGAAGAAACAACCACCUCCAAAGCCAAAAUCUUCACCAAAACCACCAUCUCCAAAGAAAAAGCCGCCGCCACCACCACCAAGCAAACCAACAAAGGCUAUGAAAGAGGUUAAACAAGAGUUGGUUGAUGAUUCAUAUGAUCGUAAACCUUCUUCUUCUUCUUCAACAGUGAGUUUAUUUUGACGUUUGUUUUUGACAAAAAAAAACAAAUGAUUUGUUUCAGAGACGUCCACCAAAAAGAAAGAUGUCUGAUUCAUCGUCUGAGGAACUCGAACUUGCUGAAGACUUUGAUGAUUACGGAGAAGGUCCAUCAACAUCGGAGGAUUCAAGUAUGCAUGGAAGAUAUUAUCGACAACAAAUGAAAUGGGCUAUUGAACAAUCGAGAAAAGAAGCCGAGAAAAAGGAAAAAGAAAAAAAGAAAGCAAAAAAAUAA